CGCAAGGGUCCCGCGGGUUAAAACAAAGAGACUACAGAAGUUAACGGAUUAUAAUGACCUGUUCUCAUAUUGCCCAUUGGGCCAUCGGUCAUCGGCCAGCCCGAGAGUACGUGGACCAUCUGCCAGCCCGAGAGUACGCAACAGAGAAAGUGAUAUAUAGGUCUUUUUCUAGAAAGAUGGUAACGAUUCAGACUAGGGUGGGAGCGCCACACUUCUCGAAGGUAAAUCGUGAGGGAGGCUUGUCAUUUGGAAAUACUGCUUUGAAGAAGAGCCAGACAGGAGUUGUAUCCGCCAAUUCGCCUAGACAUUUUUCCGGCAGCUGGCGACCCGUCAUUUGUGACAUGAAUGCUUCAGAACCUGAUGGGCGGGCUGUUGAUUUUGGUAUUGGAGGGGAUGGUCGUGUUUUAGGGGACGGUUUUGUGGAUUUAGCUACUUUGGAACGGUAGCUGGCAACUUCAAUGUCACGUGGCUCAUUGGUGCGCAAGCGUUUUGCCGGUGUAGUGUUCACAGUGGCAUAAUUUGUUGGUUGUUGAGGUGAGCUCACACCAAAUUGAAAUGUAGUAGUAUGAUUGUCGUGUGGCGGUCUACUGAGGAGGGAUUCGAGGUCCACAGUUUUCUCUUGGUGACCUCGGCACUGGUGACCUCGGCUUAGCUGAAAAGACGUUUCGGAUUCCAAAAUUUAAAAUCAGAAGGUCCGUGAUGAAAAAUAAAAAAGGG